UCCUGGUUUUUGGGUCUCUCAUCUGGUCCCACUUAACCUUGUGAAGUUGUGAUAAGUGAAAACAAACAUGACCAGGCUCACAAUUCUUGCAGGGUUAUGUCUGGUGGUUUGCCAGCUGGCAAGUUCCACCAGAAUGGAGUGCUACUUCACCAACUGGUCCCAGUACCGGCCUGGUGAAGGCAAGUACAUGCCACAAGAUGUGGACCCCUUCCUGUGCACCACCCUGCUCUAUGCCUUCUCUAUCAUCAACUCCAACAAUGAGCUGGUCACAUAUGAGUGGAACGAUGAGGUCCUCUACAAGACUUUCAAUGGUUUGAAGAACACAAAUGCUCAUCUGAAGACUUUGUUGGCUGUUGGUGGCUGGAACUUUGGUUCACAACGGUUUUCCAUCAUGGUGUCCACUGCUGCCAACCGUCAGACAUUCAUUCAGUCCACGAUCAGAUUCCUGAGAACCCACGGAUUUGAUGGCUUGGAUCUGGACUGGGAGUAUCCUGGAGCUCGUGGAAGUCCUCCAGAGGACAAGCAGAGAUUCACUCUGCUCUGCAGGGAACUUGUCCAAGCUUAUGCUGCUGAGGCCAAGGCCACUGGAAAGCCUCAGCUCAUGCUGACUGCUGCUGUGUCUGCUGGUAAAGGAACCAUUGAUGGAGGAUAUGAGAUUGCUGAGAUUGCCAAGGAACUGAACUUCAUCAACGUGAUGACCUAUGACUUCCAUGGCACUUGGGAGCAAUUCACUGGACAUAACAGCCCACUGUACCGUGGCUCACAGGACUUUGGUGACCUCAUCUACUUUAACACAGACUUCGCCAUGAAUUACUGGCGGGACAAUGGCGCACCAGGGGAGAAGCUGAGGAUGGGAUUUGCUGCUUACGGUCGUACCUUCCGUCUGACAUCAUCAAACACUGGUGUUGGAGCCCCAGCUAGCGGCCCUGCAUCAGCUGGAUCCUUCACCCGUGAAGCUGGAUUCUGGUCCUACUAUGAGAUCUGUGGCUUCUUAAAGGGCACCACUGUCCAGUGGAUUGAAGACCAGAAAGUUCCCUAUGCCACCAAGAACCAAGAGUGGGUAGGAUUCGACAACAGGGAGAGCUAUGACAUCAAGGUGAAAUAUCUCAAGGAACAAAAGUUUGGUGGUGCCUUUGUGUGGGCUCUGGACCUUGAUGACUUUGCUGGAAAAUUCUGCGGCCAAGGCGUCCACCCUCUGCUCUCACAUCUCAACAAACUUAUGGGUGUUGUGUGGCCUGAGCAGCCUCCCAAACCCACUCCCGGCCCUGGUGAGACUACCACCACUCGUGGGACCACCACGCCCAUCACUCACCCCCCAGUUUCCGGAUUUUGCAAUGGCAAACCUGACGGCAUAUACGCCAACCCAGACGACAAGACCAGCUUCUACAUGUGCGCUGGUGGCAUCACCCAUAUCAGGUACUGUGGAAAUGGAUCAGUCUUCAACGACAGCUGCAAGUGCUGUGUCUGGCCCUGAACAACGAGCAGAAGGAAAUGUUUAUUACAGUGUAAAGAUGCAAACUGUAACCAAUACUAUCCUGAUGAAACAGACUGUUGAAAUGCAAUCAUUAGUGUUGUGAUGAUAUGUGGUGCUUUCUUGUAAAAUACAUAGUUCCCAAAUUGCAAACAAAAAUAUUAAAGAACUUUGGU